GUGACUAAUUAUUAUGAUUAAUUUAAUCCCAAUAUUAACAUGUUAGCCCACCUAUUCGCUACGCAGUCUGCUCUCGCUAACCAAACAUUGCAAAAGCCAUGUCCAUCCUAUCCUUUUUCAUCUUCUUCGUUUUCGUGGGUAUCAUCCCUUCAAUAGCCGGAAAGUCUCACACCAUCCAUUUCCGGUCCCCUAAUCUCUAUCCAGAGGGCCUUGCCUACGACCCAUCGGCCCAACACUUCAUCGUUGGCUCCUUACGCGACCGUACUAUCCACGCCGUAUCCGAUGCGGGCGUCGUCGAAAUUCUCAUCUCCGAUCCCUCCCUCCCUCCAAACGCCAGCUUUGUGGGCCUGGCAGUAGAUUCGGUCAAUAACCGUCUUCUUGCGGUUAUCCACUCCUUAGCCCCACUCCCCCCCUUCAACGCCCUCGCCGCUUACGACCUCCGCACCCGCCAACGCCUUUUUCUCUCCCUCUUACCCGACGGCGACGUCACCACCACCGAUCGCUCCGUCGCCAAUGCCGUGACGGUCGAUUUUAAGGGAAACGCAUAUGUCACCAAUUCGUUGGGCAACUCUGAAGGAAACUUCAUCUGGAAAGUGAACGCUCAAGGAGAGGCGUCCAUUUUCUCGAGAUCUCCAAUUUUCAAUCAGUACCCCGUGGACCGAAACGCACCGUUUAGCAACAGCGGUCUCAACGGGAUUGCUUACGUCAGCAAGGGGUAUCUACUGGUGGUGCAAUCCAACACAGGGAGAAUGUUCAAGGUGGAUGUGGAGGAUGGCACGGCGAGGACAGUGUUGUUGAACGAGGAUUUAAAUUUGGCAGAUGGGGUCGCAAUCCGAAGAGACGGCGUGGUUUUGGUGGUGACCCCGGUUAAGGAUAGCAAGCUAUGGUUCUUGAAAAGCGAUGAUAGUUGGGGAGAGGGAGUGGUUUAUGACAAAAUUGACCUUGAUGCAGAGAGGUUCCCAACAUCAGUUGCAGUGGGGAGAGAGGAUAGGGCAUACGUGGUAUAUGGGAGAGUGAUGGAGGGUAUAAUGGGAAAGGGAGGGAGUGAAUGGUUUGAUAUAGAGGAAGUGAAGUCAGUAAGGGAGAGUAAGGAGGAGAAUGUUUGGGUUUUCGUCUUGCUUGGAUUCGGUUUGGCUUAUUUUUUCUUCUGGAGAUUUCAGAUGAAGCAGCUUGUGAAAAAUGUGGAUAAGAAAACCAAUUAAAUGUUGCAUCUUAAAAACUGAACUUGUGGUAGUACACUCACAUGAGUAUGAUUUCAGUUUAUGCUCUUGUUUUAAUUUAAUUUUAUAUUUUAAGAAAUGUAUUUCACUUACAUGUGUUUGAAGAUGCAGGAUAUCUCCACUUAGAAAGA